GUAGCAGAUGCGCUAAACAAUACUCGAGUCUCUAUUGACCAGCCCAUUCUUCCUCGGUUCGUUAGGAAGUAGGAGAAGCAGGUCACCCACAAGCCCAUGCGUUCUCUCUUCUCCCUCCCCUACAAGAUCGCCAUGCCCUCUGCUCUUCUCCCUUCACCUCGACCAACAACAACAGCAAGAGCAACAAGAGAAUCAUGGCUCGGAGAGCUUCCCACAUGGGUCUUGUGCUGGUCCUCGUGGCCGUGCUGUGCGCCGGGGCUUCAGCUCAGUCCAGCGGUUGCACGUCCGCCCUGGUGAGCCUGUCCCCUUGCCUCAACUACAUCACUGGCAACGAGACGACCCCCUCCAGCUCCUGCUGCUCGCAGCUGGCCAGCGUCGUCGGCUCGGAGCCGCAGUGCCUCUGCAUGGUCCUCAACGGCGGAGAUUCCUCGCUCGGCAUCACCAUCAACCAGACUCAGGCCCUGGCUCUCCCCACCGCCUGCAACGUCAAGACGCCACCAGUUAGCGAAUGCAGCUCGGCCGGAGCGCCCAGCGGAUCUCCGACCACGCCAUCAGUGCCCAGCGCAGAUGGUGGAUCGAAGACUCUUCCCACGCAGGACACAUCGGGUGGGUCGCGUACCGAAGUGCCAUCAUCGAUCGUCUACUCGCUGCUCUUCGCGGUGGCGUCUCUUUGGGUGUCGUCUAUCACAUUCUGAGCUUGUCGACAGGAAGACUUCUCUUCAUGUACGUUAAAACCACAGAUAUGUAUGAUUUGUGUGAUCCAGAUAUGCCUCCCUCAGGCGAUCUGAAUUAUUAUUGGAUACAAUAAUAAGACAUUUGGAUUGUUCUAC